AUGGCCGAAAGGCGUCGACCGUCAGGGACUCCACGGCGGAGGACCAGCAUCCAGGAGGAUGCUGCCAUGCUGGCAGGAAUGGGGGUGAAGCAGGAAUUACAACGCAACUUCUCCUUUCUGUCCAUGCUGGGGCUGGCCUUUGCCAUUUUGAACUCCUGGACCGCCUUGGGUGCAAGCAUGUCGCUGGCUUUGCCUAGUGGAGGUCCUGACUCUGUUAUCUGGGGUCUUGUUGUGGCUGGCAUUUGCAAUCUCUGCCUGGCGGCCUCUCUGGCUGAAUUUCUGUCGGCCUACCCAACUGCUGGCGGUCAGUACCAUUGGGUCGCUGUCAUUAGCUGGAAAAGCUGGGUGCCAAUCCUCUCUUGGAUCACCGGUUGGAUCAACACGGCGGGCUGGGUCGCUUUGACUGCCACUGCUGGGCUGUUGGGAAGCCAGCUCAUCCUCGGUAUCAUUUCGCUCACAACGCCGUCUUACGUAUCGCACCGUUGGCACCAAUUCUUGAUCUACAUUGGAUACAACGUUUUCGCUUUCAUGGUGAAUGCGUUCAUAACUCGACUGCUUCCUCUUGUCAACAAGGCUGCCUUGAUCUGGUCAAUUACAGGCUGGGUUGUGAUUUCCAUCACUGUCCUUGCUUGCGCCUCUCCAAAUUACCAGAGCGGAGACUUUGUGUACCGCACAUUCAUCAAUGAGACAGGUUGGCCAAAUGGACUCGCCUGGCUGUUGGGCCUCUUGCAAGGCGGUUUGGGAUUGACAGGGUUUGACGCAGUCGCUCAUUGCAUAGAAGAGGUCGGGAAUCCUACUGUAUUGGGUCCCAGGAUCAUGAUCGGCUGCGUCUUGAUCGGCGUGAUGACCGGCUUCAUUUACCUGAGCGUUCUUUUAUUCGUCUCCAAUAACGUGCAAGACGUUAUCAGUUCCUCUGCCGGACCGAUGUUGCAGAUAUUCUAUGAUGCGACUUCGAACAAGGCCGGAUCUGUGUGCCUGUUGAUGUUCCCCCUCGUCUGCUUGCUGUUUGCCGCAGUGAGCAUCAUGACUACCAGCAGCCGAAUGGUAUACGCUUUCGCCAGAGAUGGGGGUUUGCCAGCAUCGCGCUUCUUCGCCAAAGUGCACGGAAGACUUCAAGUCCCCAUCAAUGCGCUUUGGCUGACCCUCAUCCUGGUCAUUAUUUUCGGCUGUAUUUUCCUCGGGUCCAGCAGCGCGUUCAACGCCAUUGUGUCUGCUUCAGUCGUGGCCUUGGGAAUAACUUAUGCUAUUCCUCCUACAAUAAAUGUGCUCCGGGGUCGGAAAAUGCUGCCAGCAUCUCGGCCGUUCAUCUUGCCAAACUGGCUGGGCUGGACAUGCAAUUUGGUUGGGAUUGCCUAUGUGAUCCUCACAACCGUUCUUUUCAUGUUCCCGCCGGUGUUGCCCGUGACCGGUAACAACAUGAACUACUGCGUGGCAGCAUUUGCAAUUGUCUUGAUUGUCUCCACGAUCCAGUGGUUCGUCGAUGGCAGAAAGAACUACACUGGUCCGCAGAUUGAUCUUGACGCUCUGAAGGCCGGAGAAAUCGUGGGUAUGGCACCGGAAGAGAGUAACCAGGCUAGAGCGAGCGACGAUACGUUGACCGGAGGUCAGGAGAAGAAAGCGGUGCCGUAA